UUCUUUUAUUUCUUUUUAAAAAAUGCAACCUUGGACUGAGAAAGGUGGUAGCAGUAGUCGUCAUCAAAGUUCAUUAAAUUAUGACCACACAUUAUCCCAUAUCAACCAACCACAUCAGCAACAACAACAGCAGUCAAGUAAAGGUUUCCGUACUGCUCGCGAUAGUGGUUCAUCGUCCAACUAUGUAGAGGAAGAAGAGACACGACAAAGAUCAACAUAUGAUUUCUCUCCUGUCUAUACAAACAACAGCAAUAUGCUCAAUUUGGGUGAUGGAGCUGAUGUAAUGAAUUUCUUGAAUUCAAAAAGCUACAGUGAUGAAGUUUAUGGUGAUGAUUUAAGACCCGAUUCAAUGAGCUAUAUCAGCCACAGACAUCAAAUGGACACACAACAUGGAUUUGCGGAAAAGGAGAAAACACUGGCAUUGUUAAUGGAAACAGAAGAUAUUGUAGAGUAUUUAAAAAAGACGACUUACACAGAUGAUAUUUAUGGAAUUCCUGUCUUGGGUCAAUAUAUCAAGGAAGCCAAAGAAGCUGUGGAAAAUGGUGCGCAUAGUAAAAUAGCCGUGGAACGAUUAAAUAUGAUUCGAAAUCAUUUGGUAGAAAAAUCUCACGGCGAUUUCAACUUGGCCGCACAAAACGCUUUUAGAAUAAAUCCAAAUGAUUGGUCCUCAGAUUUUCUUGACUCAUAGUCUGUUGGAUCGGAGUGAAAACUUUAACGUUUGGUGUAACCUUCCCUUUAUGUAUAAUUCUCUCUUUUUCUGAACAAUAUAAAAAAAAAAAUUUUUUAUGUUAUUUUUCUUCUUUUUUUUUUCUUUCAUAAC